AAAAAAAUUUAAAUCUUUUUUUAAUAUUAUGGCUCACAGAAUUCAAGAAAACGCAGGAAUGAUCAAUGAUGAGAAAUAAGUUGUCGAUAUUUAUGUACCAAGAAAAUGCCAAUAUACAAAUAUGAUCCUCAAUAGCAGCGAUUACUCCAGUGUCUAAAUCAACGUCGGAUAAGUUGAUGAGAACGGAGUGUACAACAAAAAGAACAACACUGUCAUCUUGGCAGGAUAUUUGAGAUAAAAGGGAUAAAGUGCUGCAGCUUUGGAGGCUAUUCUUAGACAAAGAGGUGUUUUUUACCAUUUGCAUAAUGAGACAAAUAUAAUAUAUACAUAUUAGUACAUUAAUAGAUAAAAUCACAAAUUGCAAAUGCUGCUUCUAUAAUACUAACAAAUCUAUUCAGCAAGAAGUAUCAAAUUGGCACCCAAUUUCUCUUCUUGCAUAACUUAUUUGAUUAAUUAUACAAACAAAUUAAAAGAUUAUUCUCCUAUUUUUAAUGGGUAAUGA